AAUUCCUUUUCACAAUAUUUUUAUUAGAUUAUGCUUCAAAUUGCGGUAAAAUUUUAAGCUAUUUUAGUUAACAUGAUGCGAGGGCGUUCGGUAGCAUUACAGUUAUCAGGUCGUGCUAGGAGCUGUUCAUCUACCCGACAAAAUGCUACAGAACUAAAGAAAGCUGAGACCUAUGGUACGGACCAAGAGCAACCACGUAAAGGCCGUGGUAGAGGACGACCACGACAUCCAAGGCCUGAAAUUUUGAUUCCUGAUAGGCCUCCAGAUGCAAAUGAAGAUCAAAAUCUACCAAGUAAAACUGCCCAGCCAAUGUGUGAGAAAACGGCAAACACAAAAAAGAAUAUCACUGGUCGUCAUAAGGACGAUACCAAAUCUAAUGUAACAUGUGAGAUCUGCGGAAAGUUUUUCAAGUUUCGAGCUACCCUAAAGCAGCAUGAACAGAUUCACUACGGAAUUAAAGAAUUCGAAUGUGAAGUAUGCCACACGCGAUUUCUGCACAAGGGAACCCUAAAGGUUCAUCUUCGGCUACACACAGGAGAAAUGCCUUACAAAUGUCCGCACUGUCCGAAACGGUUUCGAGGGCAAACAGCUCUGGAUUGUCAUGUGUUUAGGCACACAAAACAGGGCACAAAAUGUCCGCAAUGUUCUUCUAUUUUUGCCACACCUUCGAUUGUGAAACAGCACAUUCGCGAAGUCCACACGACAGAACGUUCACACACUUGCCAGAUUUGCGGUGUGACUUAUAAGCAUCGAAAAAGUCUUCGAUUGCAUCUACGCAACCAUCAGAAACGAGUUUGUCCCGAGUGUGGCAAAGUUUUUCACAGUAUAUAUGCAAUGAUGACACACCGGAAGGUUCACGCGCAGGAUCACUUCCAGUUCAAAUGUACUUAUUGUGAUCGAAAGUUUGAGAAGGAGGUUGAAUUACAGUCGCAUAAUAAACUAAGAUGGAGAGCAUAUCAGUGCGAUAUGUGCUGCCAUAGUUUUAACAAGGCUGAAUAUUUGAUCAAUCACAACCGACGGAAUCACUGGAAGGAAAUGGGCCUUGAACAGUUGAAGGUUGCGCCUCCGAAGAACGGUUGGAACAGAAAAGGUGUUCCAAAAAUAAAAAAAGUCGAAAAAUCAGUAGCAAAUGAAAAUUUAAUUACGGAAGUAUGCCAGCGAACCGAUGGCCCCUUGGAAAAUAACCAGUCGUCAGAUGUGACUAUGCCGGCAGGCUAUCAAAAUGACGUUAUUAUUGAGAAGCGACCAGCAGAGACUACAGCAGAAAUCAAACCGGCCGGUCCAAUCGAGCAUAAUAACGAAUUUGAUUGUAAAGUUGUAGAGACAUUUGAAAAACAAGAAUCUGAUUUCGAUUAUGAUUGUACUGCAAAUGAUGACCUGGGAUUUGCUGGGAACUCAGAUACAGAUCAAAUCUCAUUCGACGAUAUUAAAUUUGAAAGUGAAACAACGCAAAUACAACAACCUGAUUCGAUUUUCUUCAAAGCAGAAAUCAACGAAAAAGACGAUGUAUUUAACACAGAAGAACCAGUUUUAGAUGAAGUCACUGAUACUAAAGAAGAAUGCCAGGAAAAAGAUGACGUGUCUGAGAGUGAUGAUGAUGUGCCACUAGCGAACUUACUUUCAAAGAACAGUAGCAAAGGAAUUCCUACGAUUUCCAAAGAUAAGAAAACUAAGCGUAGGAGAGGAGUUACUGACACAACAAAAGAAAAGACUCCACAAAUUAAAAAUGAAGUAUUCAAUGAGACUGAAGAAGACAGACUAAGUGGCGAAGCAGAAAAUCAUUCCAUAAAAACAAACCUUGAAAUUAAAGCCGGAAAGCAGAAGCGACGUUCUCGGCUUGAAACAGGAAACCAAUCGCAGAAAGAAACGAAAAUUAAAGCGGGACUCUACUGUCCUUACUGCGGUGAAUCUUUUGCGGGGCGAACAUCACUCAAGCAGCAUAAGGUGGAAGUACAUCCAGAUAUGAAACCGCAUAAGGGGCCUUUUAUUUGUGAAGUCUGUGGCAAAUCGUACGCCACGGUGGCAUCGAUGGUAGUUCAUCGGGGAAGUCAUGCCGAGUAUCAACGGUUCAAGUGUGACGAGUGUCCCAAAGCGUUUACCUACCGGUGCUAUCUGGAAAAUCACAAACGAGCCGAGCAUUUGCACGAACGACUGAUUUGUCCGCUCUGCGGGAAACAGUUUAAGUACAGUCAGGAUCUGAAAGUGCACACCAAACAGCACGAGGAUGACAAACCGUUCAAGUGUGACUUGUGUCCAUCGGUGUUUCGAUACCCAAGUGCCCUACGUUGCCAUAAGGCACUUCACGUGGAGACUGUUUUUACGUGCGACAUUUGCCAAAAACAGUUCAAAUACGCCAAUAGUUUACGGGUCCACAAGCGUUUGCACACCGGUGUCAAGCGCUUCCGAUGUGAAAUUUGUGAUCGAGAGUUCCACACGAAAGCUCCGUUGGUACGGCAUUUGGCGACUCAUUCGGUGGAACGCGAAAUGAAGUGCGUUGUUUGCGAUAAGAUAUUCUAUAAGAAAAUAGAACUUGUCAUUCAUCAGACAAAGGAACAUCCGAACAAUCCUGUUAUAGGAAAAACCAUCAAAAUUCACGUUUGUCCGGUGUGUGGGCAGGAGUUUACCAAGAAAAGUAAUUUAAAAUCACACUCGUACAUCCACGGUGAUGUGUACAAGUACAAGUGCGACCUGUGUGAAGAUCAAAAGUUUAAACAACAUGCUGGAUUACGGCAUCAUUUAACGCACUUCCAUAAGCUCGAGAUACGCAAACGGCAGCCAAAGGAUGCAAGCAUUUCGAAAACAAACGACGAAGAUGUUUGCUCCGCAAUAACCGCCACCCUGGCACCGGCUGUUAGUGUUUUACACAAUGGAAUUGAGUUUAUGGUGCAGCGGGUUGAGUGUGAAUAGUGUUAUAAAUACACGUGUUACGUGCUUAUGA